AAAGAGCUCCUUUUUUGGCGAUUCUGUCCAGUACGACGUUUUCGUGAGCCAUAACGGAACACUCGGGAUCGUCGAACGUAGAGGGAUUAGAACUUGCUGCUCUUUCUUCCUCCUGAGGGGUUCUUCCGUUUUUCUUGUUUGCAGUUGCACCUCUUCUGGAAGUCCCCCUUCGAUGCAUUCGUUCAUCCAGUCCGUGUACCGACGUCGUCUUUCUUUCCUUGCGUUUAACGUGUAUCGCUGAAGGUCGCCUGUCCAGGUUUUCCCUGUGGGGCAUGCCUCUCUUUUCCAGUUGUUCUGUGUUUCCGACCCGCUAAACAAACUGUUUCUGUGUUUAGUGGAUGCUUCUGCAUUUGCCUCGCCUCUGACCGUCCAGAGUCCCGUCCACUAUACCCCAGUUUCCUCCCGCGCCAGACGGUCUCUGUCUCCCGCUGCGGUCCUUGCGCUACUCUGCAGAGCGUUCCACCGCAGGUGGAGCGCUUUCCGGGAGAAAAACUUUUGCGUCCAUCGAUUCUCGAAUCCUCACAUGUGCGUUCUGGUGCACACGGGGGCUUUCUGCAUACCGUUCUUUGCCCAAUACGGGUGACGGAUAUCGGCGAGGACGUCCUCAUCCGUCCACCUUCACCUCAUCUCGACGUCUCGCCUCUGUCUCUUUCUGCAUCGCAUCUCUCGCUCCGCGUUCGUGUCUUUUGGACGCAGGUACACUAGGUUUUGUGUUUCGCCGUCAGUUGGUUCUUCUUUCCUGUCUGCAAGUUUCCUUCUUGCUGUUUCUUUCUGCCCUUGGUCUCCUCUCUGCCCUCCUUUCCAGAGAAUACGAGCACCGGUUCUCUCUCUCUGUUUUUCCCCCGUCUCUUCUCCUCUCGCAAGACCAGUUUGAGUGCCGCGGGGCAGGUGCGUUUCGCGUACGUUCUCACUUGUCGUUCGUUCCUCUCGUUCGUUCUGGGUCGUUGCGCUUCACCUCCUUCCGCCUCUUGUUCCUCUCUCCUCGUCAAGAUGGACGGCGCAAAUUUGUACGACGAGUUUGGGAACUACAUCGGCCCGGAGCUGGGGGAAGACGAAGAGAGUGAAGGUGAAGAGGAGGAGGUGGAUCGCCCCCUGCCGGUCGUCGAAGAGGAGACAGAUCGGAGCGUCGCCGUUCGCGGCUUGGUGUCUAUCGGCGAAGAGGAGUCGACUGCGGCCGCCGUCGUCCCUCACGAACUCAAGAAGUACUAUCCAGAUCACGCGGAAGUGUAUCCGGAGGCCGACACCGUGGUCCAGGAAGAAGAUACGCAGCCGAUUACGCAGCCGAUCAUUGCGCCAGUGUCGACGGCGGACUUUGACCUGUUGGAGAAGCAGCUCCCCGUCACCUCUUUCUCCUUCGACUACCUCGCGUCCCUCAUGUUCCAACCUGAGAGCAUUCGCAGCGUGUGUCUCCUCGGUCACCUCCAUUCCGGGAAGACGACGUUCCUCGACAUGCUCGUGGAGGAGACGCACCAUCCACCUCACAACAGCCGCCGGUCUGCGCCUGCGCGCAUGGCAAAACGCUACACAGACUCGCGGAAAGACGAGCAGCAGCGGGCGCUCUCGAUCAAGGCCUCGCCCAUGUCCCUUGUCCUCCAAAGCAGCAGAUACAAAAACUUCCUCUUCAACAUCUUCGACACACCCGGCCAUGUCAACUUCAACGACGAGUGCUGCGCGGCGAUGCGACUUUGCGACGGCGCCAUCAUCGUCAUCGAUGCUCUCGAGGGAGUCAUGAGCAACACUGACCGGCUCCUACGCCAUGCAGUCGAGGAACAACUCGACAUCGUCGUCGUGAUCAAUAAACUCGAUCGGCUUAUUCUCGAGUUGAGACUCCCCCCGGCAGACGCGUACCACAAAAUCCGACACACCCUUGAAGAGGUGAACAGCAUUUUGGAGCAGGUCUGCGAAGUCCGCGGUCGCAAGCCGAUCGUGAUUUCUCCCUUGAACAACAACGUAUUGUUUGCCAUGGGGCAGUUUGGGCUGAUUUUCUCGACGAGAUCGUUUGCCAAGCUGCACAUCGACAACUACCACCCGGACAGAAAGGCACAUGGACCGAGACUGCCUGGAGAGCCAGCGAGUGUGGAGGCCGAGCGCACCCCGUUCCCUUCCGUCGAAGUGUUUGAGCAAGCUCUGUGGGGGGAUCUCUGGAUCCAUCCUGAAACGAGAAAAGUCGUUGACAAACCUCCUUUCUCUGACGCACCGAGAACUUUCGUGGAAUUCAUCAUGGAACCGCUCUACAAACUCGUGGCGCAUGUUGUCGCCGAGGAACAACCGACACUGCAGCCUACGUUGGAGGAACUCGGAAUCUACCUCAAAAAGGACGACUACAAACUAGACAGUCGAACGCUUUUGAAGAAGGUCUUGUCCCAGUUCUUCGGCGAUGCCAGCGCCCUCGUGGACACGGUUAUUGAGGCGGUGCCCGAUCCGAAGACGAAUGCUCCAAAGAAGACGAAGCAGCUCUACACAGGCAAUCAGGAAGGCCGCGUGGCAGAAGACAUGAAGACUCUCGACAGCGAGAGCGACGUUCUGAUGAUUUAUUCGACGAAGAACUACCACCGCCCAAACAACUUUCACUCUUUCGAUGUCCUCGGCCGAGUCAUGUCCGGCACAGUCUACAAAGGGCAGCGCGUGAAAGUUUUAGGCGAAGCGUUUAGUCUCGACGACGACGAAGACAUGGUGAUUCGAGACAUCACUCACUUGUGGGUUCUGGAGGGACGGUACCGUGUCGAGGUCAGCCACGUUCCGGCGGGGAACUGGGUUUUGAUUGGCGGUGUUGAUCUGUCGGUCCUGAAAACGUCGACGAUCACGAACGUAGACCACUCUGAGGAAGUCGAGAUUUUCUCGCCGCUGCUCUUCAACUCGGUCCCCGUCAUCAAGGUGGCGUGCGAGCCUCUCCAGCCUUCGGAACUCCCGAAAAUGCUCGAGGCGCUGCGCCGCAUCGACAAGUCGUAUCCGAUCUCUCGAACGCGCGUCGAGGAAAGUGGAGAACACGUAAUUUUGGGGACGGGGGAAAUGUAUCUGGACUGCGUGUUGCACGACUUACGGAAGCUGUACGGAGACUUGGAGUUGAAAGUCGCGGACCCAGUCGUCCAGUUCUGCGAAACUGUCGUCGAGUCGUCUGCCCUCAAGUGCUUUGCGGAGACGCCCAACAAGAAAAACAAGAUCUACAUGCUCGCCGAGCCCCUCGACAAACAAAUCGGCGAGGACAUCGAGAAAGGACUCGUCUCUGACAGAUGGGAGACGCGAGUUCUCGGUGAGCACUUCACGAGCAAGUACGGCUGGGAUGUGUUGGCUGCUCGAUCCAUUUGGGCGUUCGGACCGGAUGCGAGAGGGCCGAACGUUUUGGUCGACGAUACUUUGCCCAGCGAAGUCGACAAGAAUCUCCUUGGCACCGUGCGCGAAAGCAUCGUGCAGGGCUUCCAGUGGGCCACCCGCGAGGGUCCCCUGAUCGAAGAAAACAUUCGAAAUGUCAAGUUCAAGAUCCUCGACGCAGCCAUCGCUGCAGACCCCCUCCAGCGCGGCGGCGGACAAGUCAUCCCCACAGCGAGACGAGUUGCCUACUCCGCAUUGCUGCUGGCCACGCCGCGUCUAAUGGAGCCCGUCUACUUCACAGAAAUCCAGUGCCCUGCAGAUUGCGUCUCCGCCAUCUACACUGUCCUCGCCAGACGACGAGGAAACGUCAGUCGCGACAUGCCCAAGCCGGGAACUCCUCUCUACAUCGUCCACGCCUACUUGCCAGCUAUCGAGUCCUUUGGCUUUGAAACAGAUCUACGAACACACACUUGCGGACAGGCGUUCUGUCUCUCGAUGUUCGACCACUGGGCAAUCGUUCCGGGUGACCCUCUCGACAAAGCAAUUCUGCUGCGCCCCCUGGAGCCCGCUCCCGCUCCGCAUCUCGCCAGAGAAUUUCUGCUGAAAACGCGAAGGAGAAAGGGUCUCAGUGAAGACGUCUCGAUUGCCAAGUUCUUCGAUGAUCCUAUGUUGGUCAACAUCGCGACAGAUUUGCAGCAGUUUCUUUAGACGGACAAGUGCAUGUUUCGGCGAGACAACCGAGCGAGUCUGUUUCUCAGGAUUUGCUCUCGGACCUCUGCUUUUGCAUGCGCGCGCCGCGCCUCUCGUGCCUCUUUCCUGCGAGAGGAUAGAGUCCGUUUGUGUUUCUCUAUCACUCAGGAUGCCGAACAAAUCCGCGUUUCUGGGAAGUCGGAUUUUUGCCCCGACUCUCUCUUUCAAGGAGAGAGUCCGGCCUGCCUGACGUCGCGCCUAGACUCUAAGUGUCGUGGUGGAAAAGGAAAGACAGCUGCGGGCUCUCAGUUUUCGGGUGGACGUACAACUGAAUCGGGGUGACUCGCUGGGAAACGAGAGGGCAAAUCGGAUAUCAAUCGGAGGCCAAAAACUGCUCUUCCAGGCGCGUGAAAAAGUCCCUAGAAGGAUUCCUUAUCCGCACUGAUACACACAAACGCGCACAUUUGAACUUUAUCUGAAGGUGCAUACAACCGUACGUGCAUACAAACUUGUGUGACGGGCGAAUCUCUUCCCAGCUAGAAAAACAAAAAAAGUCUGGUGUUGUAUUCUGUCAAAAAUCCGCUGCUUAAGGAUCGCAGAUUCAGAGGAAACGUGUCUUUUUCGGCGUCGAGCCUCGAGAGAAGCGACGAAGACGCUCGGAACAGUAUGGCAGCAGCACCGCUCUCUCGCUUGGCAUCUGUUUCCACGAAUGCCCCCGUUUCACAAACAUGCCAGCAUCUCGCAAGAGAACAGAGACGUUCAUUACCGCUCUGAUGUCGGCUGUCGGGUACAGAAGUCGUUUUCUAAGAAAGAGCGUGGUCUCCACAUGGAAAAAGAAAUUUGUCUGCUGUGUCCAGUGUGUGUGGGAACCUUCUUCUGCUUCCACCUCCGACAUCGCGAGGUGUGUGUACAUCCACAAAGGGAGGGGGGGGGCGGUAGUAGCGACAAAAGCAGUUGAAAGCUUGUGUGGAAGCCAGUGAACUACCUAAGGAUUUUGGACCCAUGCUGCGAUGCUCGCGGGAAGACAAGUGACAGAAAUCUGCGAACGUGUCGGACACAAGCUGCAGAAAAGUACUCUGUUGUUUGCGGUGCCUGAGUCAAACGCGCAGCUAAGUGACUCCCGCACUUCGCGAGUGAGAAGAAAAACGCAUUUCUCUCCUAUUCCGUCCAAGGGCAGACUGCCGUCGAGUUCAGAGGCAUGCUU